AUGGAGUUUAUUCACCAGACUUUUCAGCGACCAUCAUAUUUAAUCAACGUGAUUCCUGGUGUAUUUCUCCCGGAUAUCCAAGGGAAACAGGUACUUGCUAAUUUCCACACUUAUUUUGAAGUUUUUUCUUUGCAAUUGCAAAAUAAUGAAACCAGUUUUGAAUCAAUCCACAGACAAGACUUCUUUUGCAAAGUAAAUAGUGUAGAUUCCGGUCCAGAUAUUGCAGACCUGACUUCCUUCUUUCAGUUAACAAAAUCAAAAAUAAUUCAAUUAAUUUAUAGUUCAGAGCACAAUUUAUUUGUAAUUGUCAAGACCAUUGACAUUCCUGAACUUUGCAUCCAUUCUUCUUAUAUAUCAUAUCUCAGAACAUCCCUUGUUGUCUCUUCAACAAACGGAGCAAUUUGCAGUUUUUCUCUUCCAAAUUUCGAAGUCACUUUUUUAGAAAAACCGACAAAUAUUGUUUUCCAAUGCAUCAGAAAAGACACAGACUCCAUGAUAAGAGUGGAAGGAGGUUUAAUGAACUUAGUCCUUUAUGGGAAAUCUCCUUUCGAAAGAAAAGAAUUUUAUUCUUUUGACAGAAAAGCAACAAUGGUUUUUCCAUUUGAAACUGACCAAAUAAUUAUUUGUGAAAAUGAAAUGAUUCAUCUUUUGAAAAAUUCAUCGAUUUCCUCGACAAAUCUCAACGAAAUUCCAAAAGAAUCACAAGAAAAUGUUGGAGUUGUGAUUGCUCACUGUCAAAUUGAUACUUCACUUCACCUCAUCUUGACAAAUAACGGUUUUUUGUUCUCAAUUGGGAUGAACUUUGAUGUGAAAUAUAUUUCGCAAUUUGCUGGUGCGAAUAACAUAUUUUUUGUCAAUUUAUUUUUUGUUAUUGUCACUGUCAAUUUUGGUCAAUCAUUUCUAUAUAAUUUCAUUAACAAACAAGUCAUAAAAGUGUUUGAUUGGUACUUUGGAUACAUGGACUUGCAGCCAUUCAGAAAAGGAGAAUUUAUUUCUUCGUCAAAAUCGAAAAUUAUUUCAAGAAAAUUCGGUUUAGAAAUCACCGAGAAAAAUAGAAUGAUUGCCAAUUUGGAGAAUAUACAAAAUAUAAUUCCUUUUGAACUAUCUAAUGAAAAGUAUUUCAUUUUCGUUAAUCAUGAAAAUUCUCUAAUUUUCAACAAAGAAAAUUUGAUUGCACUUUUUGACAAUUUUAAUGCAAAUAUUUUGACAAUUUUUGCCAAAUCAUUUACUUUAGUUGAUAAUACUAAUAUAAUCAUACAGAUAACUAAGGACAAAGUCUACAAAGAUGGCAAAGUAAUCAAGAAUUUGCCUUCUCAUGGAGAAAUCGUAAGUUAUGCAGCAAAUAAAUUUCAUUUGAUGAUUUAUUGGAGUUCUUAUUAUUUCACGUACAUUUCUCUCAAUAAAAACGAAGAUUCAUUAAAGAUAUUAACCGAGAAAGAUGAAAACUAUGUAACUGCUUGCUGUUUUCCGCCAAAUAAAAAGACUCCAAUUGUUUUAGCAACAGUUUUGAAAAAAUUAAUUGCAAAAAGUGAUGAAGAUAAGUUAAAUAUGAGUUUACCAGCACUUGUUUCAGAUAUGGCAUUCUUAAAUGACACAACACUAGUCAUUGGAUAUGAAAAUGGCUAUUUAUCAAUCGGAAAAUUUAACGAUUCUUAUGAAUUUUUCGAAACUUCGCAGUAUAUGAAAAUUGGUGACAAGAAAAUUAAGAUUAAGAAAAAUGGAAAUGUUGUUUAUGCUAUUUCUGAUGAUAUCUGGAUAAUUUACGAUUUCAAAAAUAAUAAUAUGAUUAAGCCGUUAGAGAAAAAUGAUUUUACUGAUAUUUUCAUGGCUGUUGAAGAAAAUGAAUUCCUUACAAUCAAUUCUGAAAGCGAAAUUGUUAAUUUUGAAAUUAAUUUGAACUCAGAUUUAUUUACGUUGAUCGAAUACGAUUUUCCUAAGCAUGAAAUAGAUAAUUUGAUCUCCCUUGAAAACUCUGGCUGCACGAUUUUCAGAGAUAAAAAUACAAUCUAUUUGUUUAUCACUUAUGGAGAAAUUCAGAAGCUGAAAAGAAUAUUUACAUUAUCAUCAUCUGAUCAGACUUACGAAAAAAUCAGAGUUAUUAAAUAUGAUAAAAAUAAUUCAUAUUUAUACAUUUCUGUUUCUAAAGGAGGCGACUGCAAGUUGAUGGUAGGAAAGUUAACGGUCAACAAACUAGAAAGUUCAUUUGAGAAAAAGUUUACUUUUGAUUUUCCAAGAGAAACAUAUAAUUUUGCCUUGAUAGAGAAUGGAUUCGUUUAUGAAUACGAGAAUUCUUUAUAUUUCUAUCAAAUUGCAGAAGAAAAGUUCCAAUUAAUGACAAAAAUUCAAUCUCCAGAAUUAAGAUUGAAAAAUAGUAUUUUAAAUAAUAGCUGUACAUUUGUCCUUGGAAAGAAUCAAUGCAUGUAUAGAUUAUCACUGUCAAAUGACAAAGUUAGAAUAAUUACAAAUCCUUAUCCAAGGAAAAUCACUUUUGGCUGCGAAUACAAAGAUAACUGUGCAAUAUAUGGUGAUAGAGAAGGUAAUGUUGCCAUAUAUUCUGAUUCGAAUCCUCGUUUUUCUUCUUUAAUUGCAAAAACAUCUUUGAACACAGGAUACCCCAUAACUGGUGUUGCAUAUAAGAAAUGUACAAAUAAUCUAUCUUUGUAUUCCACGAUUUCAGGUGAAUUAGGUGCAAUUUUAGAAAUCAACAACGAACAACUUAAAAUGGAAGCAGAAUUUCUUAAGAAGAUUGAGUUGAAGACAGCAGCAUAUCUCCAAGAGAAAACAGGCGCAAUGCAUUAUGUUUUUAGGAAUUUGACAAUUCCAGCCAGAAAUAUUCUCGAUCUUGACAUAAUUUCGAUAUUUAUGAAGCUCAAUAAAAAGGAAAAGACAAGUAUAAUGAGCUCACUCUCUGUAACAUGCACUGAUGAAUUAAUUGAUCAGUAUUUGACACAUAUAUCAGCGUUCUUCAUGUUUUUUGCUGUAUAA